UACAUCACAACGAGCAUAAACACAAUAGAGAGAGUGUUCAGAGAGCUCCGGUUUUCGCACAAAACCGCGAGUAUUGAGAGGAGCUGUUUUAUCCUGGAGACGACCGGUUGAUAGUCUGCCGUGCGCAUCGAAGGCAGUGUCGCGAACGUCUUAAACAAAGCGACCUAGUCCGCGACUCAGCUCCAGAUUCGGUAACCUCGUUCUUCUUGUUGUUCCGUUCCUAACAGGAUACACCAUAGAAUUUCAGAAUUUCGUGCACCUUUUCCCAAGCUUCUCUGAUCUCCCUAAGUUGGCGGCUCGCCGACUUUGCGCUUUCUCUUUCCAUUUUACUAGUCAGCCACCAGUCCACCAUGGAUGACAUAUCCAACUUCUCUCCAUCGGUUUUCCUCUCCUAUCAUUGCCUGAAAGAUCAUGAAGAAAUAAUUAGUUGUUAAUAUUGUAAUUAAUCCGCUACUUAAUAUAAGGCGGCUGGCCAAACCUCUGCUCACACCUUUAGGCGAUGCAAACGUUUCAAUGACAGGAUCAACCAGGCGGAGCUUAUUGAUCUGGGUUUCUCGGGCCCGCAAUAUACUUGGACUAGAGGAGAACCGCCUAAUUCUUACAAAGCUAGCCGUAUCGACAGAAGUUUGUGUAACUCGAGGUGGAACGACUCCUUUCCAGGCAUUGUUGUCCUUCAUCUCCCUCGACUUCACUCUGACCAUCACCCCAUCUUAACCACGACUGGAAAUCAGGGAGUCUCUCCACCCUCACGCUCUUUUCGGUUUGAAGGCGCGUGGUUCUCUCAUGAAGCUUAUGAUGAUAUAUUGACAGGUGGUUGGGAUGAACAGGCUCCGCUCCAUGUGGCUCUCCAGAAGAUGGCCGAGAAGCUAAUGUGUUGGAAUCACACUACCUUCGGCAACAUACUCCGCAAGAAAAGAAGGUUGAUGAACCGCAUUCACGGGAUCCAAAUCCGAGUAGCGAAUGGCUUCUCCCCAGGGCUCUUUAAGCUGCAAAAGAAACUGGAAGCUGAACUUGACAGAGUUCUUGAGCAGGAAGAAAUGCUCUGGUUCCACCGUGCUAGGGAGAAAUGGGUUCAGUUUGGCGAAAGGAACACCUCUUAUUUUCAUCAGCAAGCUAAUAUUCGUCGCAGGAGGAACAGGAUCGAGAGCUUCAAGGAUAAUAAUGGUGAAUGGGUGACAGACCCUCAAACUUUGGCGUCGCUUGUUUUUGACUAUUUUGCAGCUCUGUACUUGCAGGAUAGCCAGGAGUAUGCUGACCACAUGCCAAAGGAAGCAUUCCCACGUCUUUCUCAUGAAGACCUGCUCCAUCUUCUUCGCCCCUUCAAUGCUGCUGACAUUUAUAGGGCUAUUCAGGAGAUGAAACCUUUUCAAGCACCUGGGCCUGACGGUUUUCAUGCAGCUUUCUUUCAACGGUCAUGGCAGGUCGUGGGAAAAGCUCUUAUUGAUAUGGCCAUGAGUUUCUUUGCUGCAGGUUCACUCCCAGAGCAAGUUGUGGAAUCGACAGUGGUGCUAAUUCCAAAGGUUGAUCACCCGGAGAUGGUCUCUCAACUCCGACCCAUCUCUCUCAAUAACGUCUGCCUGAAGGCCAUCACGAAAGCCAUCACCAAUCGACUUAAGCCUAUCAUGAGAAAGCUGGUUUCCCCCCGUCAUAGCAGCUUUAUUCCCGGGAGGCAGACAACAGAUAACAUUAUUGUGUUGCAGGAAGUUCUCCACUCUCUUAAGAAGAAGAAAGGAAAGAAGGGAGGGAUGGUCCUCAAGAUCGACCUCGAGAAGGCUUAUGAUCGGCUCCGAUGGGAUUUCCUCCGGGACACCCUCAUGGAGAUAGGCCUCCCUAGCUCCUGGAUCAACUGUGUCAUGUUUUGUGUUGAGAACAAUCAAAUGCGGUUGCUGUGGAAUGGGGAGUUGUCUGGUCCUAUCAUUCCCACCAGAGGUGUUCGCCAGGGAGACCCUCUAUCCCCUUACCUUUUUGUUUUGUGCAUGGAACGGUUAUCUCACAGAAUUGAGCAGGCCAUCCAAGACAAGCUUUGGAAACCCCUAAGGCUGUCUAGGGAUGGACCGCCGCUGUCUCACCUUUUCUUUGCGGAUGAUCUUAUUUUGUUUGCAGAAGCUGAAGGGGCGCAAAUCAAGGUUAUUAAACAGUGCCUGGACGAGUUCUGUCUUAGCUCGGGUCAGAGGGUCAACUACAGCAAGUCGGCUAUCUUUGUUUCAGCCAACAUUGACAGACGGAUUGCUAGAAGACUCGCUAACAGAGUGGGGAUCCCUCUUACUGUCGAUCUUGGGCGAUACCUGGGGGUGAUGGCGAUCCACGACAGAGUGACCAAGACCAUAUAUCAGGACCUAUUUCUUAGGAUACAGAGGAAGCUGGCUCCGUGGAAGGCUAAGCAUUUGUCCCUUGCUUCUCGUAUUACUAUUGUGAAAUCAAUUUCUGCCUCCAUCCCUAUUUAUCCUAUGCAGACUGAGCUUCUUCCUAUGAGCACCUGCAAGACCCUUGAUCGGAUGAAUCGCAGUUUCAUAUGGGAGGACACGGAUGACAGGAGAAGGCUACAUCUAGUUGGUUGGCCACAAUUGCUCCUUCACAAAAAUGAUGGGGGGUUGGGCAUCAGACCAACUAGGAACGUGAACCUGGCGAUGCUAGCUAAGGGAGGAUGGAGACUCUUGCAGGAGAAGGAUACUCUCUGGGUUCAGUUGGCUCGAAGCAAGUAUGGAAAGGGACGUGACAACCUCGACAUCCUGAGAAACAGUCAGGGAAGUUCCUUUACCUGGAAAAGCUUUGCUAAGGCAGCUAGCCUAGUGAAACAGGGCUGUGCCUGGAAUAUUCAUAAAGGAAAUAAGACUAAAUUUUGGGCUGAUAUUUGGAUUGCGCAGGUACCACUACAAGAACUGGCUACCGGAACAAUACCGGAGGAGGACCGAGACGCUAAAGUUGCUGAUUUUGUCGAUGAAGAAGGAAGGUGGAAAGUGGAGAAGUUCACAAACAUUCUCCCGCCGGAAAUUCAGCACCAAAUUACAGCGGUAGCAGUGGAUCAUAUGGCAGCGGAGGACGAUACUAUCUUCUGGCAAAACACAUCUGAUGGGAAGUUCUCAACCAAGAGCGCCUUUUGCAUGCUCCAACACGCCCCUAAUCACCAGGAUCAGCGCUUGUGGAAGAACAUCUGGCAACUCCCGGUCCCGGAACGGGUGAGGUGCUUUAUUUGGUUGGUGGCUCAUGAAAGAAUUAGCUGCAAUGCGCAGCGGAUGGCGAGACAUAUUACCCAGGACCCGUUCUGCUUUAGAUGUGCAACGCAGAUCGAGACAGCCCUCCAUAUUUUCCGAGACUGUCCCCCGGCGGCCUUUCUUUGGGCGCGGUCUGUUCCGUCGGAGCUCCAGAACGAGUUCUUUAGCCUUCCCUUCGGUCAGUGGCUGAGAUGGAAUCUGGGUAAAAGCGACACUGCAGCUAUGGGAAUGCCUUGGAGUGCCUUUUUCAGCAUUGCUCUUUGGAGCCUGUGGAAGAACAGGAAUGAAGGUACCUUCAAUGGUUUACAUAAGACGUUGUCUCCACCUUCUCUUAUGCAAGCAACCAAGAUCAAAGCAGAGUUAUGGUACAAAGCUUGGAAGGCCCCAACAGACAUGUUGGGGCGACCUCAAGGACCCACUGCACGCACUCGAGUGGAAAUUGGGUGGUUGCCACCUCCACCUGGUUGGAUCAAAAUGAAUGUAGAUGGAGCCUCUAACGGGGAGCAGGGGCGAGCAGGGGCUGGAGGAGUUUUACGGGAUGCUAACAAGCUUUGGAUAGGGGGCUUUGUCUCCAGCCUUGGAUCAUGCGCAGCAGGUAUGGCGGAAGUUUGGGCGAUUUAUCAUGGACUUAAAAUGGCUUGGGCUGGCGGCCAUAGAGUGAUCAUUUUGGAAUCAGAUUCGCAGACGGCGAUUCAUCUCAUGAAUAACAGAUCGGACCCCCUCCACCCUUAUGCGACGCUACUCUCAGCUAUUAGGCGCAUGAUGUCUCAAGACUGGGUGGUGAAGCUGGUUCAUACCUACCGGGAAGGGAAUAGAGUCGCGGACUGGCUCUCGAAGUACAGUCUCGUCUAUCCCUACGGGUUGUAUGAAUUAGAAGCACCACCUCAGGGAGUUAUACCCCUACUCGAUGAAGAUACUAAAGGGACUACGACUGCCAGAGAUAUAAUUCCAACCUCUUCCCCCUCGGUCAUGUAACUUCCCCCUCCUGUGUUGCUGUCUUUCUUCUUUGGCCUUGUGCCUCCACUAAUGCAAAAAAAAAAAAAAAAAAAAAUUAGUUACACACUAUCGAGAAGCGGCGAGGCAAGUUGGGGUUCCAGUCAGCAGGUGCACUCUCCCGACUGACAGCUUAGUAACUUCGGUUUUUUGCAUGCUCAAUCUGCAAUACGUGCAAGCCUUCUUUAUCCGAGAUUCAUAUUCACAUUAGUCUGUCAUGCAGAUAGCUCUUACUUGAGACCUUCCCCUUGCUGGCUGUCAAAUGAAAGAAAGCCUGCAGUACUGAUGAGAGGAAGAAGAGCGGUCGAUCUUUUGCGGGGAUUGCAUUUUCCCUUUCACUUAUUCAAUUCAUCCGUCUCCUUUUUUCACUGCAUGCGCAAUAUGUUUGCAUGAGUGACACCUAUUAACCUUUGGAAGAAAAGAAGUGCCACCUGUCGUCCCUGAUGGUUUCUUCCCGAUGUUUUAUCAUUUAUUUUAUUUAAUCUAUUCAAUUGCACACCGUAUAUUGCUACAACUUCUAGGCGUUUAUAAGUAAUUGCUUCCCUACAUAUAAAAUACUUACAAUUAUAAUUAGAAUAAUUUGGUAAGUAUUCACCGGUGUAAGAAAUCAUUAAUCAAGUAAUCUGAUGGGA